AUGGAAUCACAGACUCACGUGAAGUCAUCACCACUUCUGGACGACGAAUUCCUUCAAUACAUAGCCGGAUUUGCUGAUGGCGACAGUAGAAUCGCACUGAACGUCCUGGAGAUAGCUACGGAUCUAUGCACACGCCCAGGCAUGACCAAGGAGAAUUUGAAGCAAUCAUUGACUAAGAGAUUACUCUACGACCGAUCGGGCGACCAGCACUAUGACACUAUUUCGGCACUCCACAAGUCAAUUCGAGGCAGUGACCCCGAUGCUGCCCUAUAUUACCUCGCACGAAUGCUCCAGUCAGGCGAGAACCCUUUAUUCAUCGCUCGUCGGCUUAUUGUGGCGACAUCGGAGGACAUUGGUCUGGCAAAUGAUGUCUUGCAAACAUACGCAACCUCGGUCUACCUGAUGAUUGAGAAGCUAGGGAUCAAGGACGCACAGUCUGCGCUGGCUCAACUGGUAAUAACAAUGUGCUUGUCAAAGAAGAGUACUCGAUCUUAUCGUGGCUUGAAUAACGCUCUUGCUGCAGUGAAGGAGCCGGGGAUGGCUGACGUUCCAGUGCCUUUCCACGCUUUGGAUCGCAGGCCUGAGCUUUUGAAGGAGGCUGCUCGGCUCAUGUCCACUCACUCUAAACAAACCCAGGAAGGGCAUGAAUCCACUCAGAGGUUUCUUCCACGUGCUCUCGAGGGACGGAAGUUCUUGGAAGAUUCUGAUUUUUUGUUCAAACGAGAUCCCGACUUGAGUUAUGGGUGA